AUGGUGCACGUCAUGAUUCGAGGUCAGUCGGACGUCGACGAGGCGAGCAUCCAGGCCGUCCACGCCGCCGCGUGCGCCAUCGCAACAUUGGACGAACCGUCAGGCGGUCAGAGGCGACGUAUGACGGUGAAAGAGUUGGCUACCAACACUGACGAGCUGUCAGGCGAAGAGAACCCCGAAGCGAUUGUUGCCUUUGAUUUGAUUGCCCAUCUGCUGGUCCUUCCUCGGCCUAUUGCCAUGUCAGCCUCUGCGGGUCACCAUGCGUGA